AUGGAUUGGUUUCAAAAACUGGAAUUCGGCAUACAAAUGCCAAAGAACAUGAACGAGUGCAGUUCUUCAACCCCUCAAUGUUUCAAAGUAGACCAAAAAUCUCUUAAGGCAGAUCUCGAAGCUCUUAAAAUUAAAUUUCAGUCCACAUUCUCAUCCGAACUAGGACUCUGUUCCACGUAUAAGGCUAACAUAGUAUUAAAACCAAAUGCUCAACCAAAGUUUUACAAACCCUACAAUCUACCAUUCGCACUUUAUGAAGACGUCCGCACUGAAAUUAACCGAUUAGUAUCCCAGAAUAUCCUCAAGCCAGUGAACUCGAGUGAAUGGGCCGCACCAAUUGUGGUAGUAAAAAAACAGAAUGGCAAGAUAAGAAUUUGUGCUGAUUUUAAAGUCACUGUAAAUCCACAAAUUGAAAUUGAUCGAUAUCCGAUACCACGAAUCGAGGAGUUGUUUCACAAACUAAGCGGUGGCCAGUUAUUCACUAAAAUUGAUCUGAGUGACGCUUAUCUUCAGAUAGAACUCACAGAGUCUUCAAAAAAGCUGAUGGUUAUAAACACUCCUUUUGGCCUUUUCCAAUUUGAACGAUUGCCAUUCGGAAUUGCGAGUGCACCUGGCAUCUUUCAAAGAAUCAUGGAAGGUGUAGUAGCUGGUAUACCUGGAUGCGCAGUAUACCUCGAUGAUGUCAUUGUCACUGGUAAGAAUAAUGAAGAACACCGAAAUAAUGUCGAAACACUCUUAAACAGGCUCGCCGCACAUAACCUCAAAUGUAGACAAGAAAAGUGUCACCUUGCGCAAGACAAAUUAGAGUAUGUAGGCCACGAAAUCGAUGCAAAAGCCUCAGCCUUGAAUCAACUUAGACGACACGACAAGAAAUUCGUGUGGGGAACAGAACAAAGUACAGCUUUUAAUUUAUUGAAGAACGAUAUCAUCAAUGCGGUUCAAUUAAUUCACUUCGACGAAAAUGUUCCUCUCGUGUUAGCAACUGAUGCGUCAAAAACGGGAAUUGGAGCUGUUCUUUCACACCGCUAUCCAGACGGCACAGAAAAGCCAAUUUCUUUCGCAUCGAAAACCUUGAACGAGCAUCAGGCAAAAUACUCUCAAAUUGAAAGAGAAGCCUUAUCAAUUAUCUUCGGCGUUACGAGAUACCAUCAGUACCUCUAUGGCAGACAGUUCAUUUUGCUCACACGAUCAUCAAGCACUUGUCACUCUUUUCCACCCAUCAAAAAAACUACCGGUUAUGACUCUUCAUCGGCUUCAACGUUGGGCAAUUAUUCUCCAGGCCUAUAG